AUGGCCACUGCUUUGUCCAAUACAUCGACUGACUCAUCAUUGCUCUCUAUCUUCGAACAAUGGUGGUGUCCUAUAUGCAGUUCCGAUAUGGAAGAUGGUCCUCUUUGCCAAAUGUGUCAAAAAGUAAUCAAGGAAUCGGAAGAAGAUCUAUCUAAUAAUGAUCAAUCAAAAUCGGCCGCAUUGUAUUCUCAGUAUAAACUUUACCGGAGAGCUAAAAGUAAAGAAUAUGAAACAGGUGACCAAGACAAGUCUAUUUCAGAUGAUAAAAAUGCAGUUUUAAUCAAUUCCGAAGCAGCACCGCCAACACGUAUGUCCUUGACUAUUCGUGAUCGUCGACAUAUGCAUGAAUCUGGUGCACAAGUCAUAUUUAACAAGAUAAAGAAAUAUUGCAGACAGGAAAAUAUACAUUUUGUUGAUGAUCAAUUUCCUCCAAUAGAUGCAUCGAUUGGAUCAGGAACAUUCAACCAAGUUGCACAGUGGCUACGAAUAUCUAACGUCGCUCCAUCGUCAGAAGAAGAUCGUAAAUUGCCAUGGACUAUAUUUUCAUCGCCUGGUCCAAGUGAUAUUGCACAAGGUGCUCUAGGCAAUUGUUGGUUAGUUGCUGCUUUAGCUUUGGUUUCUGAAAAGCCUCGUUUACUUGAGCAUAUUCUUCUUACAAAAACAAUAAAUAAUGAAGGCGUUUAUAUGGUACGCGUUUGUCACAAUGGCUUGUGGAAAACAAUUAUUAUUGAUGAUUGCUUUCCAUGCACAAGACAUAAAAACUUGGUCUUUACUCAAGCUAAGCGUCGUCAAUUGUAUGUUCCGUUGAUUGAAAAGUCAUGUGCAAAACUAUUCGGUUCUUAUGCUGCUCUAAGAAGUGGAAAUAUGCGUGAGGGUCUUCAAUUAUUAACUGGAGCACCAUGUGAUUAUAUUGAUCUUCAACCAACGAAUAAUACACUGGAUGGUGAUAUGGCUUGGGCACAACUUUUAUCUGCUUGCGAAUCAAAAUUAUUGAUCGGAGUAUCGUCAGGCGGAACUGCUGUGAGCUCAGAAGAAUAUGCACACGUUCACAUUCAUAAGGACCAUGCAUUUUCUCUCCUGGCCGCUAAUGCACUUAGAGAUGCAUCAUGGCGUUUUGUACUUGUUCGUGAUCCUCAUUCUCAUUCAACCUAUCGAGAAGAAUUGGUAACAGAAAGUAUUCUCAAGCAACUACGUGCAGUCAAUCCUGAGAAACGUUCUACUGGUGCUUUUUGGAUAUCAUGGCCUCGAUUUCUUCGUUAUUUUUCAUCUAUAACUAUCUCACAUUAUAAUAGUGAUCAUUAUGAUAUACGCGAAGUAGGUAAAUUUACUCGAUCAUCUACCCAACAAGUAACAAUUUACAAUCUUCAUGUACCUGAAUCAUCAACAAUCAAUAUCAGUUUGGUAUAUCAUCGUCGUGAUCGAAAAACGCGUACUUCUCAUACUCAAUCGUUUGUGCUUUGUGAUACAAGCGAAUUCGCAGCAACUGGUAUUGUUGGUGCACGUGAGAGUAUAAUUAUGUCUGAGCGUGGAGGCCUUACGUAUUGGGUAGGAGCAUUGCGAGCUGGUGACUAUGCACUGGUACCAUUUUCAACUAGUUUUUGGCAAAAUGAUAAAGAAAAAAGAGAUUUUACUAUUGUCAUACAUUCAAGCGUGCAAAUUAGUUUAACUACAGAAACUAGACCAGCAACAUUUCUUGCUGAUUGCCUGAUUUCAGCCGUGAUUAGAAUUGCCAACAAGAAACAGGACAAAGAAGCUGUAUUUUAUACAACAUCGAAUAAACUACGAUUUAGGGUGUUUAUCGUUGAAAAUCUAUCAAUCACAAAUUAUUUAAAUUUAGAUGUCAAUAUCCAGAUUGCAAAAAGCGUUCGCCACUCUCGUUUUAUUGGCGCGCCACAUGCCACUCGUGAUUGUAUACCACCAAGACAUCGUCAAAUAGUAUUUGCUAUAGAAUGGAUUGAUAAAACUGGAGUAGCAACUUCUUUGAGUUAUUCGUAUUUGCACAGUCAUACUAAGCAGCCGACUGAUCCAAGACCACCCAUUAGCAUUUCUGGCAAGGAUUUUCACUCAUGGCGAGCAUUUUAG